AUGCUUUCCGAAAUGGCAUGUAGAAGCUUGUCAAGCACCCUCAAUGCCCUGACUCUUCUUCUCAUUCUAUUCACCUGUUCAUCAACGGGACUAAGUAUAGUCGAAGCGACAUUUGAGGACCUUCAAGGUGCUCUCAGUGCUGGCCAGGUCAAUGCGGUCCAAUUACUCGCUAAACACCUACAUCGUAUUGCACAGUAUGAUCGUCGAGGCCCCCGUCUGAAUGCGAUCCCUAUAAUCAAUCCUGUUAUAUUCGACGAAGCACAGCGUUCGGAUGAAUUACGGGCUAAAAGUGGAGGCAAAAUCCGUUCGGAUUUUGAUGGUCUUCCUUGUUCCGUCAAAGACAGCUACAUGCUGGAAGGAGUCACCGUGGCCUCGGGUUCGCCUGCAUUCGCAAACCUAACAUCCACUCAUGACGCCUUCACCGUCGGCCGGAUUAAACAAGGCGGGGGUAUUGUGGUUGGCAAGAGCACCAUGCCACCCAUGGCAAAUGGAGGCAUGCAGAGAGGUGUCCACGGCAAGGCAAUGAGCCCUUACAACCCGAACUUUUUGCCAGCCGCUAUGGGAUCUGGAUCAUCCAACGGGGGUGGUGUAUCAGUCGGCGCAAGCUUAGUUAUGUUUGGCAUGGGAGAGGAAACCGUAUCCUCUGGCCGAAGCCCUGCGUCAAACAACGGUUUGGUGGCCUAUACACCCUCAUGGGGCAUGCUGUCCAUCCGAGGUAAUUGGCCACUCCAGCCGGCGCUCGAUGUCGUGGUCCCCUACACGAGAACUGUUGAGGAUAUGAUGUCUCUGUUGGAUGUGAUCGUUGCAACAGACGAUCUAACAGUGGGUGAUUUCUGGCGCGGCCAACCCUGGAUACCGAUUCCUGCUCCUGAGGAUGUGCGACCGAAAACGUUCAAAUCGCUUGCAUACCCAGACGCUCUUCGAGGGAAAACCAUCGGAGUUCCGAAGAUGUUCAUUGGAGGCGACGAUCCGGAUGCAGUACCUGUCUAUAUUCGUCCCACUGUCCUUGAACUCUGGAACGAGGUAGUUCCAGUUCUCGAAAGCCUCGGCGCGACUAUAGUCGAGGUUGACUUUCCCUUGGCAACGAGGUAUCAAAUCCCACCUUUGGCAAACACGGUCGGAAGUGACUAUCCUUUGCCAGCCGAACAAGGGGCACCGACUCCUCCCGAAUUGGCCGCAUAUGCCUGGGAUGACUUCUUGAUAAUGAACAAUGAUGUCAACACUAUAACUACUCUUGCCGAUGCUGAUCCCUCCCUCAUCUUCCCCAACCUUCCCGGGUUGGUGCCGGACAGGUACAGUAACGUUUUCGGAGGCAAUCGAACAGUGAACUACGCAAGAAGUGUUGGUUUCAUCAACGAAAGCAGAAUCCCAACAUAUGAGUUGCCAGGACUUGAGACACUUUUGACGGAGGUCACUGAAUUACGUAAGACGAACUUUGAGGAUUGGUUGGAUGCCAAUUCCUUGGAUAUGCUUGCUUUUCCAGCGAAUGGAGAUAUUGGCCCAGAAGAUAUGGAAGUCAACAACGCCAGCGCAGCGCUAGGAUGGCGAAAUGGCGUGGCCAGAUCUAGCGGUAACAAUGUACUCCGCAAGUUUGGAGUUCCAUCUGUCAGCGUCGCUAUGGGCAUUAUCAGCGAUAUCCAGAUGCCAAUCGAUAUCACCUUUGCUUCCAAGGCUUACGAUGAUAGUGCCCUCUUGAGCUAUGCCUAUGCUUUUGAAAAAGUGCGGCAAGCUCGAAUUGCACCCCCAGGAGCUCCGGAGCUUCCGACCGAUUUUAUCUCGAAGAAGCGCGUGAAGAAGGCGUAUCGAGGCUGGCAGCCACCAACACUGUCAUCAGACGCAGUUCGAAGUGGUCCAGACACCAUUGAGAUAUCAGGAACCGUGUCGACCACACGUCUUGAGUCUCUGGAGGUGUACCUUGACGGAGAGAGCGUCGGCGCUGUUGCAGUAGCGGACGAUGGCUCUUUCACAUUUACUGCAGAGAUCACAUCAGUCCUUGUGGAUGACUUCAUCAGACCGCUCAAUAUGCCCGAUCAAGAUCUCUCAAUGGUGGUGGUAGUGGCAACCACAAUUGAUGGUCAGUCAACGGGGAGACUACUAUACGCAUAAACCCUAAUGUUGCCUUUGACUGUGGCGAGAUGCUGGCGAGCAAGGAACCAAAGGAUAAGCG